UGAUGAUAUUGGUAAAUACGCUUGCAUUUCAUUUUCAUUCAAAUAUUUGGCAUACAAGUGUAAAACUAAGUAAAAACACGCGUUCGAGUGUAUAUUUUGUAAAUCUAAGAGAAUUUUUGAAAAAUAUAUACUAUAAUGUGCCAAACUAUAGUGAAAUUUCCGAGAGCAAACAAUUACAAAGUAUUUAUUUCCGCAAUAAUUGGGAGUUACAAAGGUUGUUCCUGACUCACUCCCUAACAUCUCCACCAUGUUUCAUUAAAUAAGUCAUUAUACUUUGCAUAAAAUUGCCCAUGUUGCAUUAUACCAAGCUCCACGCAAGUGUUCCUUUAUCAGAUAAGCUCCGCGGGCAAUCUAUUGUAGAAAUGCGCGAGAACCGUAAUGGCAUUGUUAUGCCUGGACUAACCGAAACGCAAGUGUCAUCAGUUCGAGAAACAACAGACUGUCUUUUGCGUGGCUCAUCAGGCCGCGCUGUUGCGGCUACUGCAAUGAACGAGCAGUCUUCGCGCUCACAUGCGAUUUUCACUAUCACCGUUGAGGCCACCAAGAAAGACGAAAUGAGCACAGUAACUACUUCAAAGUUCCAUUUAGUAGAUUUGGCUGGUUCAGAACGUUCUAAAAAGACACAAGCUACAGGUGAUAGUUUUAAGGAGGGUGUUAAAAUAAAUCAACGUCUUUUAGCCCUGGGAAACGUAAUAUCAGCACUUGGUUAUAUUUCAUCUUCUAAUAAUAAUUCACUUGCACAAAGUUUGUGUGAAGCAUGUGGAUCUGAAAUCAAUGCUGAAAUUGGAGACAAAAACACUAUUCCAGACCCAUUGACUACACAUUUAGAAAAAAUAUUUAGCUUCUGAGGAUAUCAGUCAUCAAAACCUCUGUAUUUUUUGCGGCAAAAGCGCGAAAAAACACAAAGGACAACGACACCGCUUCAUGUAAGGCGUUUUUCAAUAGGUGCGCUUCAACUGUAAUUUGUAAACUUCAUUAGCAUACAUUUCAUCAUGGAACGCUACACACUUGAGCAACGAUUGCAAAUCGUGCAAAUUUUUUAUGAAAAUAAUCGUUCUG